AUGACGAAAUUGGCGAAUGCAAUAACAAAUGGUGAUACUCAUUCGCAUGCGACUCAUUCAUCGAUUCUAUCCUGGACAACGGCUGAUGUUGAACAAUGGCUUUGUUCGUUGAAUUUAUCGAAAUUUGUUGAUAAAUUUUGUAAACAAAAUAGCAUCGAUGGUUUGACGUUAUUACUGAUGAGAGAGGAUGAUCUUAAACAAGAGCCUAUGGCAAUUAAACGUUUAGUCGAUGUGAAAAAACUAUGGUAUCAUAUUUGCUUACUGCAGUGUCAACAGAAGAAGUUCUAUCCUUCACAUUUAUUCAACAACCAAAACGAGCUAAAUCCUUUGUUUAUGUCGACGAAACAACAAUGUUUAGAUGAUGAUGUUGUUGAGCAUAAUCACUCAUCUUUGUCGCCAACGCAUCUAUUGGAUUCCAAUACGCAUAAUAUCUACAGUUCGUGCAAAAUUCAUGCUGAAGAGAAACCGAUUUUCAACGCAUCAAGAGGUGAAAAACGAAAACUACUAGUCAGUUUCAUUUAUGCAUUGAUUAGUGGAAUUUGGACAUCGUUUAUUAUGGUUGUUGUGCAUAAUCGUGUUCCAAAUGUACAAAAGUAUCCACCGUUACCCGAUCUUUUUCUCGACAAUAUUCCGCAUAUAUCAUGGGCAUUUUCCGUUAGUGAAUAUAUCAUCGUUGUUAUGAGUUUGACAUUCUUAUUAAUCUUAAUUUUUCACAAAUAUUGGAAUAUCAUCUUGCGGAGAUUUUUUGCCUUAGGAGGAACUAUUUUCUUUCUCCGAUCUGUCACUAUGUUAGUCACAUCAUUGAGUGUUCCCGGUCACCAUCUUGAGUGCACUCCAUUGCAAUACGGCACGUCGAUAGAAAUCUUUACCCGGUGUCUGCAAAUCUUUGUCUUUCAAGGAUUAUCUAUCCAAGGUGUACGUUCAUGUGGUGAUUAUAUGUUCUCUGGUCAUACAGUUGUUCUCACCCUAUUGAAUCAUUGUAUCACAGAAUAUACAACAUCUGAUUUCUAUGUUGUACAUUUGAUUUCUUGGUUUUGUAAUUUAUUUGGUAUGAUUUUAAUUCUCGCCGCACAUGAACAUUAUACCAUUGAUGUACUCAUUGCAUUUUUUCUAACAAGUCGUCUGUUUUUGUACUAUCAUUCAUUGGCUAACAAUGCGGCUUUACACUCACGAACAGACACACGUCUAUCCAUCUGGUUUCCUAUGUUUUCCUACUUUGAAAAGAAUAUUCAAUGUAUGGUUCCAAAUGUGUUCCGCGUGCCAUGGCCAUUGACAUUGUUUCGUGUUCACGAAGAUAUCGUCGAUGACAAACAAUCCAUUUCAUGCGAUCAAAAUCGUUGCAAUUUUCAUAAGCAAAAACGAAAGAAUGAUUAA